GAGACAUCCGUGCUGGAAACUGCCCAGCUUAAACUCAAUCACUCAACAAGCGAAUUUACGAUGAGCAGCAUUUAUGCAGAUGUUCUGGUCAGGAAAACUUUCUACCAAAAUGAAAGCCGCCACUUUCGUCUGGAAGAACCUAACGGGGAAAAUUUCCUAAACAUUCCACCGGGAAACUUGGACAAUGGUUCAGUAGUACUCGGAAUGAUAUACAAAGACCUCCAUCAACUAUUCAUCACUAACCAGACAGAGAACAGUACUCUGAACAAUUCCAGGGAAGUCACCUCCAUUAUUAUGGCUGCCACAAUAACUCCUCCACCCAAGAAACUUCAGGAAAAUAUAACUUUGAAGUUCAAAAACAUUAAGAAUUCAAAUAACAAGAAAAAGUGUAUGUUCUGGAACAUGUUGGAUGAUAGUUCCAUUGGCUGGUCAGGAGAAGGGUGCUAUGUCAAAUCUACUAAUGCAUACCAAACAGAGUGCACCUGCAAUCAUUUGACUCAUUUUGCUGUUCUUCUGGACACAUCUUCUGGAACAGAGACUGCCGAUAUAUCAGCGAAUGAUGAAAAGAACUUGGAAAUUCUCACAUACGUCGGGCUGACCCUCUCUGUAAUUGGGAUCUCAUUGACGAUAAUCAGCUAUGUUACUCUCACGUGAGUUAAGUAGUUAGAAAUUAGAAAUGUGGACAAAAAAGAGGACAAUUGAUCGCAAAAAUGUUUCUAAGUAUGCUGGGUUCUGUCAAAGGACAGACACGAGUGAUACUCAGACCGUACUAA